CUCGCUCGUUCUCUCGCUGAUUAAAGCUUCAAACUCGCGUGGGGCAAUGCGAGACGCGAACUUGCGACGUUUCAAGAGAUCUGCAAACUCUGCCGCUCGUAGAAACAUCGAAACGUGAAGCCCCCAAGGAAGACGCGGGGCCCAAGUCUGCCACAACGACCGCCUCCUAUUAGACCCUUACGCCAUCAAUAACUUCUCGUCGCUUUCCUUCUCUACGAUUAAAUGUGCCGAGAUUGUUCCCUGAGCGGCUUUAUAUUCGUUCAGUUGCCUUCGCUGUUUCUCCCGAGGCUGCACUCAGCUUAUAACUCGUUCUUUUAGUCGAGGGGCAAUUCGUUAUUGCAUUGGUGUGGCCCACAGUGCAGCUGAUUAUUCCUUCAGCUGCCUUCAUUCAUUCGCCUGUUGUCACUGUCUUCAUUCGCCCGCCGUCAUUGUCUUCAUUCGCCUGCCGUCACUAUCUUCAUUUAAAGCCACUUCGAUUUCAUCCACGCCUUCACUUCCAUUCAUUUCACUCCAUGUGCCCGCCUGCAGUAGUUCAUUCACUACACCAAUCCACACACUCCCAUCCAUCCCUCCAUCCCUACGUCCAAGCUGUAGGAAAUCCAUCAGUGGAGAGAGACAGAGAGAAGCAAGAGGGAAUGUCAGCGCCAGUCAUCGCCGUGCCGCUUAAAGUCCUCGCCGUGCAGCUCUCCGCCUGCCCCGGUGCCCGGCCCGACGACGACGACGAGAAGCCCCCCCACACGUGCGCCGUGACCCGGGGCCGUGGAGCAACACAGACCGGGUUCGAACCCAGGCCCGGCUGCUCGCCCUUGCGGGCGUCCUACGUGUGGAUGCAGGGAGACGUCGUGUCCGUGGGGGAGAGCCACGGUGGCUCGGCCAGGAUCUCUGACGGCACCGGGGAGUUCACAGUGCGUGGGUUGGACGCCGUGCCCAGGGGCAGUUCUUGCCUGGCUCCAGGCGAGUACGUGCUGGUGUACGGCGCAAUCGUCUCCUGUGGCCCGGACAUUAUCAUCAAGGCCACCAAGGUGACGGGGCUGACGAGCAACCCGUCCCACAGGGCCAUGUGGAGGGCAGAAGUGGCCGACCUGCAGCAGAACCUCCCCUGAGCGACUAGCAGGAAGCCACGCACACCGGUCUCAUCGUCAUCACCACCAGCACAAUGCAAUCUACCCACAAUGUCUAGACAGGUGCCUACCCCCCCCCCCCC